CCGCCCUCCAGGGCUGGGGAGCGCUACGAAUUGACCAAGUGAAGCUACAACUUUGCGGCAUAAAUUGCGGGGUCCUGAACCAUGUCGCUGACCAACACAAAGACGGGAUUUUCGGUCAAGGACAUCUUGGACCUGCCGGAUACCAACGAUGAGGAGGGCUCGGUGGCCGAGGGGCCAGAGGAGGAAAGCGAGGGGUCUGAGCCGGCCAAGAGGGCCGGGCCCCUGGGGCAGGGCGCCCUGGACGCGGUGCAGAGCCUGCCCCUGAAGAGCCCUUUCUACGACAGCAGCGACAACCCGUAUACACGCUGGCUGGCCAGCACGGAGGGCCUCCAAUACUCCCUGCACGGGCUGGCGGCGGGCGCUCCCCCCCAAGACUCAAGCUCCAAGUCCCCGGAGCCCUCGGCUGACGAGUCACCGGACAAUGACAAGGAGACCCCAGGCGGCGGGGGGGACGCAGGCAAGAAGCGGAAGCGGCGGGUGCUCUUCUCCAAGGCGCAAACCUACGAGUUGGAGCGACGCUUCCGGCAGCAGCGGUACCUGUCGGCGCCAGAGCGCGAGCACCUGGCCAGUCUCAUCCGCCUCACGCCUACGCAGGUAAAGAUCUGGUUCCAGAACCACCGCUACAAGAUGAAGCGCGCCCGGGCGGAGAAAGGUAUGGAGGUGACACCCCUGCCCUCACCGCGCCGGGUGGCCGUGCCCGUCUUGGUCAGAGAUGGCAAACCGUGCCACGCGCUCAAAGCCCAGGACCUGGCAGCUGCCACCUUCCAGGCAGGCAUCCCCUUUUCGGCUUACAGUGCUCAGUCACUGCAACACAUGCAGUACAACGCCCAGUACAGCUCGGCCAGCACCCCCCAGUACCCGACAGCACACCCCCUGGUCCAGGCCCAGCAGUGGACUUGGUGAGCACCGCCCCUCCGAGACUCGCGGCCCCAGGCCCAGGCCCCACCCCGGCGACUGCGGCGGCGGCGGCGAGGAGGACUCGGUCCAUACGGUGGUUAUUAUUAUUAUUAUAAUUAUUAUUAUAGAGUCGAGUUGACUCUUGGCUCCGUUGGGGAGGCGCCGGGAGGUUGCCUGCGCCUCCUUGAAGUGGCAGAUUCCAUCCACCCGACUCUGUCCCCAUCUCUCUCUCCUUUGAACCUUGGAGAGGGUUGAACUAUAAGCCGUGUUUACAGAAUGUUUGCGCAGCUUCGCUUCUUUGCCUCUCCCUGGGGGGUACCAAACCAUCCCAGCGUUAAAGUCGUCACUUGAAAAUGAGAAAAAGAGCGAACCCCCACCCCGCUUUCGUGAAUUUUGUAAAAUAUGUUUGUGUGAGUAGCGAUAUUGUCAGCCGUCUUCUAAAGCAAGUGGAGAACACUUUAAAAAAUAUAGAGAAUUUUUCUUUUUUUUUUUAUAAGAAAAUGCUACAUAUUUAUGGCCAUGUAAACGUCCUGAUAACUGGUGGCAGAUUUCGCUUUUCGUUGUAAAUAUCGGUGGUGAUUGUUGCCAAAAUGACCUUCAGGAUGGGCCUGUGAACCCUGCAGGCCCAACUCCUUUCUUGGUGGUUUGUUUUGGUUUGGUUAUGUUUGGGUUACCCCUGUUUUCUUUUUUUGCUUUUUAAAAACAUUUUGUUCAGUGCAAACAUUUUUCAAAUAUGAAAAAGAAAAAAAAAUGUGUAGGCGACAAGCCGCCUGCCCCAUUUUCCGGGUCCUGAGCCCCGGAACUUGGAGCUCAGCGGUUCCGGGCGGUUCCCCAAGAGCGCCGGGCGCUGAAAACUUUCGAUUUUUUAAGUAAUUUUAAUAAAAAUCCUGUGUUAAAAAACAAACAAACAAGCCCAGACUUCCCGUUUGUCUGACUCUGUGGC